AUGUUGGCGAUUGAUGAAUUUCACUGCGAAAGCAUAGCAGCUUCUGGCACCAAGUUGGUCGCCGCGCACCGUGCUUGUGCCAUGAGGCAUAAGGAACUUCAGCAGCAGCAUAUGUGUACAGAUGAAAACCUUCAUUUGGGCCAAAGUAGGGCGCUCAAGGAUGACGUUGUAGGCUGUGGGGCAAUCAACAAUGAGGAAGGGAAUGGUGACCGUCACCCGCUAGGAUGCCGAACCAAUAGAGAUAGGGAGAUGGAUGCUUCCAAUGGGCUAGACAACAUCACCAGAGAAGCUCACAAGGGGUAUGAUGCUUCGGUCGAGCACAUGAGUAGAGACCUGGAGCUCGUUGAAAGCAUCAACAAACAUUACAUUGACCGAGCUGCCAGUGUCCACCAAGAUACGCCUAACGUCUAA